AUGGCUCCGCCGCUCACCCCACCGCCGCCGCCCAGCUAUUUCGAGCGUCGGGCCGCUACCAUCGCCCGCACCGCCGCGGCCCCAUCCAGGGCCGGUCCUGAGCUGUGCUAUUCUUCACCUAAUGUUGAGGCGGCGAUACAGAGUUUGUGCCUUGCACUUGAGGACACUGAACAUGGCGCCAUCUAUUAUAAUGGAUGGCACGGGUUGGCUGCUUCUGCAGUGCUUAGAGCUAUUGUCGAAGACCCUCCAUCAUCUUUGAUGAAGAAUUUCGACAAGAUCAUCCACAUUGAUUGCUCAAGGUGGAAAAGUCGAAGAGCGGUACAAAGGAAAAUAGCUGAGGAACUAAAGCUUCCUGAACGUGUAAUGGCUAUUUUUGACAAGCAAGGUGAAAAGGAUGAUUUGGAAGGGUUAGAUGAGGAAUCUCGAGAUGAGAUACAACAUGUUGUGACAGUAAUCCAUCGAUCCCUACAAGACCAUAGAUGUUUAGUGGUAUUUCAGAAUGGGAGCUGUAACACAGUUGACUUGCAUGAUGUAGGCAUUCCUCAAGGAGCGUUUGGCACUAGAAUAUUGUGGACUUUUAGAGGAAGGUUUCUGCUCAAUUCAGGAAUUGCGAAAAAGGUGGACAAUACAAAACUUCAUAUUUAUGAUCAAGCUUCUCACAGUAGUGGCAAGCUUUUUCUGCAGGCAGAGGCUAGAGAAAUUGCUCGAUCCAUAGGAAAUCUUGUCAUCACCCCUGAAAUAGCAGCGGAGUGUUGCAUGUACCGCUUGUCAUUACUCUCUUUGGGUGAUGACAUUACUGACUACAAGUGGGCUACCCAUGCCACUAAUUAUUGGGUCUGUGAUGGCAUAGUACAAGGUCAGGAUGGUGAAGCAUGGAAUGCUGCUACUGCUUUGUAUCAAUGGAUCAGAGUAGCGAAGUACUCAUUUGAUACAAUUCCCCCUUUUGCUGAAAUUUUGGGUGCUCCUCAAAAACGUUGGAUUGUUGCUACUUCUAGUAGUAUGACUAUACCUCCAGAGUCAACAUCAUUUUUCCUUGCAGGCCUUAUGGGAUCCGAUCCUCCAACAACAUCAUUACCUGAUGGCAUGUUUCAUCAAGCGGACAAGCUUCGUGUGCUCAGAUUAUGCAAUUGCUCCUUCAAUUUUUCUUUGCCUCCUUUCCGCUGUUGCCGAAGCUUACGCUUCCUUGGAUUGGAUAGUUGCAAGGAUCAACAAAAAGAAGAACCCGUGAAGCAAGGAAAACCAACUAUGGAAUUUUUUCACAACCUAUGGGUGCUAGAUAUAUAUGACACAACCUGGGAAUUGGCUCUGUCACCUGAGACAAUACAACAAAUGGCUGCAAACAUUAGGGAGGUGCACAUGAAUAGGGGAAGGAUUUGGCACAUUAACUUUUCAUGGCGACAACUGCAAAGCCUUCGCAAGCUUCGAAUAAUUGAACCUACAUGCUCUUGGGAGACGAAUGAAAUGGAUGAAUUCACACAUAUGGCGAAGUUGGAGCUCCUCGACCUAUCGGGGAAUAAUAUGAUAAAAGUUUUGCCAAGGCUAUCAGGGGCAAUUGGUCUGAAGACUCUGAUUCUAGAUGGUUGUGUUGAGCUGGAGUAUGUUGGACCUGAAGGACUCCCUCCAGCAAUUGAAUCAUUCAGCCUAACUACAAGUUCAAGUCAAAAAGCAAAAGUCUCCAUGAUCUCUUUGGUCGGUUGUGUGCAUUUGGAGAAGUUCACAUUGCGUGGAGCAUUGCCGUGCCUUGAGGAGCUAGACCUAUCAUGCACCUUAAUCAGGAAACUCGACUUGAGCCAAGAGGUGGUGCAGGUGCCAAAACUAGAGCGGCUCUUUCUGAUAGGCUGCGAGAAGCUUUGUGCAGUAGUAUGGUGGGACGUUGAAAGAAGGUUGACAAUGCUACACAUCAGCUCUCAAGUAAAGGAGUCCAUAAGCAGGCCACAUGAUUCUUCCUUUAUCCGCUCUUUGAACGGAAAAUAUGACGGCAAAGUUUAUGUUAGAGAUGCAAGGUUCAUCCAGUCCUUGGUGCUCGGUUCUUUGGAAACAGGUCCCAAGUCUUUGAUUACUGAUAGCCUAUACUUGAAUCUAGAUAAGUCUUUGGAGAUCAAAGGUGAAGCGAGGACAAGUGUCAGCAAUGUGCAGAUAGUUUGUCCAGCCCGAAGCCCCAUGAGAUGCAGCUGCUACCAUGAUAUCGUACUCGAGGGAGUCGCUGAUGCUUAUGAAAUCCCACGACUUGUACCCCUGCACCGCCACAUUGAGAUUGGUGAUGGAAUUAACUUCACUGAUGUGGAGUCCGAUUGGGGACUCAUAGCUACUCGUCAAUUGAUGUGCUGGGCACAUUCCUUGCACGUCCAUGACCAUUCUUCCAUCCUUGGAGUUAUCCCCAAACAGUUAGUCCAUAUAGGUAUACAUUCCCGGUUUCAUUUGAGAUGGUGCCAUGUCGAGAAGUGUCCUAAGUUACACGCAGUUUUCACCCCUUGCAGCAACAAGAGGUAUUAUUGGUUUCCUCAAUUAGAGACCAUGUGGGCGACCGAUCUCCCAACGGCUAGCUGCAUUUGGAGCAAAGUAAUAAUUGGGGUAGCUGAUGAAGAAUCUGCAUUUGGACAACUGCGGAGCAUACACUUGCACAACUGCCCGAGGCUCAAGUUUGUCCUACCAAUCUCAUCAUUCAUCUUACCUAGCCUGGAGACCCUCCAAAUAGUCGACUGCGGCAAUCUCAGGCACAUCUUCCCAUGGGAUGUGGAUUACAAAGCAGGAAAAUUACAAGACACGGUGAAGAAUUUUCCUAACCUAAAGUACAUCUACCUGCAUCAACUCCACAAUCUGGAGGUAAUAUCUGAAGCCAAGAUGUUUGCUCCCAAGCUUGAGACGGUCAGGAUAAGGGGUUCUUGGGGCCUUAGGCGCCUCCCGGCUGUGGGCCUUCGACAUGGAGCCGGUCUUCCUAUUGUGGACUGUGAGAAAGACUUGUGGGACAACCUAGAGUGGGAUGGUCUGGAUGCCGGUCACCACCCGUCGCUCUUUGAGACACAUCACGCAUUGUACUACAAGAAGACCCUGCCAAGAAUCUCGGUCCUCCGUUGAAUUGCCAUG